AUGAGCGACUCCGCUUGGACAACUGCCCCAUACGGCCGCGCUUGCGCCAGUUGCGCGCAGGCCAAAUGCAGAUGCCUGGUUGCGGAUGGUGAAGGAAGCUGUGCCAGAUGUCGCCGAUUGAAUCGAGAGUGUAUACCCGCUCCGCGAACACGAAAGAUGAAUCCCAUGCGGAGAUCCGUCGCUGCAAAGACCGCUCAGUUGGAGCGCAGACUGGACGAACUCACCACCCUGCUCUCGAGCCAAGCUGUGCAGUCCAACGCUGCGUCUAAUCCCACUCCUGCUGCCCCGGACGCUCCGCUGUCGGAUUCGGGGUUCAGCAGUGCGUCUCAGGCGCCUGGGCGGUCUCCACCUUGUAUACAGGCGUAUGUGGGUGAUAUCCCACAGCUUGGUCCUGCUCAGCCUGUCACUGGUGAUAAUCAUGCGACGGAUGACCAACAGAUUCUCGAUGAGUUUUGUGCAAACAGACUUCCUUAUCUGCCUUUCAUUUACAUUCCGCCCCUUACCCCAGUCGAAAAGAUUAAGCGCGAAUCUCCGUUCCUGUGGCGCAGUAUGCUUACGCUGCAUUGCAAGGACACGGCCCGGCGGAUGGCCCUCCAUACGGAGUUUAAAACCGCGGCUGCCAAUGCGCUGCUUGUGGAGUGUCACCGGAGUUUUGACCUGCUGCAGUCUCUUGUAGUAUACCUUGCGUGGAUCGGGUUUGAAUGCCAGCCGCGCAAAAUUUCCCUUGGCCCGUACAUGCAGAUGGUCACCGGCUUGGUCCUGGACAUAGGCCUCAACAGGCCUCCACCGCAGACGCCUGAUAUCCCUGGAGCACAGUUCAUCAGGACUGGGACGGGGUCCUGUCGGCCUUGGGUGUCUUUAACUCGCAGCAUGGACGAGCGGCGGGCUGUUCUUGGCUGUUUUGUUGUCUGCUCCGCUCUAUCACAUACUCUGGGCCGCACAGACUCACUCCGGUGGACACCCCAUAUGAAAGAAUGUCUAGAUGUCCUUCAGGAAGCAAAAGAAGCACCGGGCGACGCUGUACUGGCGCAGAUGGUCCGCGCCCAGCUGGUUGUCGACAAGGUAAUAAAAGAACUAGGCCAUGACUUCGAGGCAGUAGGUGAUGCAGAGCGCAAGGCACCGCUAUCUGUCUACGUCAAGGGGCUGCAGGCGCAGAUCGACGAUGUGCGCAAUUCCACACCACCGGAGCUGUUCCAGAACAACAUUCUACCUUUACAUUUGUAUCACGCUGAAACCACAAUCUACGAAACGGCAAUGGCGAAAUCCGCCGCAACCGACGAAAUCGACUUCGCCCGCCUCGACCAUCUUUACGCCUGUCUCAAUGCAGUCCAAAAGCGAUUUGAUGUGCUUCUCAGCCUCCCGGCAUCUGAAUUCGCAUAUAUACCCUCAACCAUCCUCUUCCCCACAGCUCAUUCCCUAAUCUCACUCCUCCGUUUAUCCACCUUUGAAUAUCCCGGCUGGGACCCGGUGAUGGUCCGCCGAACAGCCGACCUCCUCUUCCUCACCCAGCAAGUAGCCGACAAAUUCUCCAAGGCCGCGGAAGUAGUAGGCAUCCAGAACCCACCCAACAGCGAAACAGCAGACUGCUUCACCACGGCGUCCCGAAUACUACUAGGGCUGCGAGCUGGGUGGGCGUCUCGGCUUCCCGAAAUACCCAAUAUAGAGACCACAGCCGCAGCGGACAAGGUCCCACCGCUACCGGAGAUCAAUCAGGAGCUUAUAGACACUUGGCUAUCCUCUCAAGAUUUUGCUUUCCUGUCGGAACCCUCGUUUGGAGGUGCUUGGUGGUACUAG